CGUCGAGUGGUUCCCGCAAACAACUCGUGUCUCUUCACGUCUGUGUACUUCGCUCUGUCGGGCGGAGAGUUCAACGACACGAUCGGAUCGGCCUUAAGACAGAUAAUCGCGGACACUGUGGCCGCAGACACCUUCACGUACAACGAAGCCUUCUUAGGGAAGCCGAACCGCGAGUACUGCACAUGGAUUCUCAAUGAAGAGCACUGGGGAGGAGCCAUCGAACUGUCCAUUCUCUCCAAAUACUAUGCCAUCGAAAUCGUUGCCGUCGACACCAUAAACGUCAGACUCAACCGUUUCGGCGAAGACAUGGCUCACUCGCAGAGGAUUUUUCUCAUAUACGACGGCAUCCAUUACGACCCGUUGAUGUGGGAACCGUUGGACAACAAGAAUCCCAUUCAGACGGUGUUUCCGGUGGCCAACGAGUCGGUGCUGUCGAUGGCGUUAGAGAUCGCCAAUGAGGCCAAAGCGAGCCGUCAGUUCACGGAUGUCCAGAACUUUUCGCUCCGGUGUCUGGUGUGCAACGCGGGGCUGACGGGCAACAGUCAGGCCCAGUCACACGCCCUCGAAACCGGACACUUAAACUUCGGCGAAAUCUGA